GGAUAAGGUUACUUAAAUUUCUAUUUUGCUUGCCAAAUUGUCGGAAAAUAAAGGUGAUCGGACUCCACAUAAACUUUGUCAUAUGAUCGGCUAGUCGGUAGUCCCUAGUCGGCUACUACCGAAUGGGCCAACUUAAUUGGACCCAUCGGACGAUCGAAGCCCAAAGUCUAGCCGCAAAGUUUGCAUAAUCGCGUCAACGAUAGAAACGAGACGGUCCAGCCCAAUAUCAGAUCCAAAUCCAAUUUCUAGGGUUUAUAACAACCGUUUCAAUUACUUCCUCCGACCACCAUUUAGACAGCAACAGUUCAAUUUCGCUGCUCUCGAAGUCAGUCGGGAGGGAGAUCAAAAUCAAAGUUUGAGGAAGGAAGACGAAGGAGAACGCGUAGUACUUCGGUCGGCGUGUCUCGUGCGCCAGGAAUCUUUGCUGCUUGCAUUACAAGUCUACAGGUAUAUCUGAAUUUAAGAGGGCGUCGCUGUAAUCAGCUUCUUGACCUAAAAAGAAUCAAAGCCCUAGCCCGUUGUCUCGCAGCUGAAAUAGAACUCUCGCAUGAGCUAUUGUUGCUCUGAAUACCAGUUCGUUGCUAUCUUUUACUUCCUACCAGUGUGUCCCCGUUGAAUUUUGCUUCUUCAAUGUAGGGAAUUUUGAAUUGAAUGCGGCAAAAGUUAUUAUGAGGAGGAUCUAUAUGGUAGAUUAAUAUGAAGCUUUGUAAUUUAAUGGCUAGGUGGUGUUAUGAGGAGGUACAGCCCGCCGUACUAUAGCCCUCCGAGGAGAGGAUAUGGAGGUCGACCAAGGAGUCCACCUAGGAGAGGUUAUGGAGGUGGUGGUGGAGGAGGAGGAGGUGGUGGCGGCGGUGGUGGAGGUUAUGGUAGGCGAAAGGACAACCAAGGCAGCCUCUUGGUCCGUAAUAUUCCUCUUGAUUGCGGCCAAGAAGAACUUAAGGGUCCAUUUCAGCGGUUCGGGGCUCUAAGGGAUGUGUACAUUCCAAAGGACUUUUACACAGGGGAACCUCGGGGCUUUGCAUUUGUCCAAUUUGUGGAUUCGUAUGAUGCCCUGGAAGCUCAGCGUCGAAUGAAUGGGCAAAUAUUUGCUGGCAGGGAGAUAUCUGUGGUGGUUGCUGCAGAGUCCAGGAAAAGGCCUGAGGAUAUGCGCCAUAGAACUCGGACUAGGGGAGGAGGUCGCGGGGAGAGAUCAUCUUAUUAUGGGCGCUCUCGGUCUCGUUCGCUGUCUCGCUCUCCUCACCAUCACGGAUCAAGGUCUAGAUACCGUUCAAGGUCCUACUCUCCUCCUGCUCCAAGACACCGUCGAGACUACUCGCCGGCCUCACCAGGUAGGAGGCACCCUAACCCUCCAGUUCGAUCUCCAUCGAGAUCUCCAUCUCCCAGAGGUCCUGCUCCGCCUGAACGAGACAUUGGUCGCGGCAGGCUAUCAUAUUCCCCUCAGGGUUAUGGCAACCCUGACAAUCUAGACAAUAAAGGGAAUGGCUACGCUGAGAAACAUGACCAUGUCCUGGAGGACGAAAGAGCAUGGAGAAGGCCACCUUCACCUGGCCGAAGGCCUGCCGUCGCCAUGUCGAGAUCCCCACCAGGUUCUAGAUCAAGGUCUCCCAUCCCGUCCCCGGGCCGCCGCCAUGGCAGAUGAUUGAUGAUCUAGCACUUUCCACCAUCAUCUGAAAAGCACUCUUGCUACCUGCAUUGUAUGAUAAACGAAUCAAGUAGAGAAACGGCGUUUGGAUGGUCCUUGUUGUUUGACAUGGUUUGUCGUCUGCGCACAGAUGAAACUCUCUUUCUCUGUCAAUGCAAUAUCGGAGUAAGAAUGUUUCCAUCUUCAUGGUGAAUAGAUUUAUGGCUUUUCUUUAUCCAGAUGCCAAAAUUGCCACGCCGUUGGAACUACGCUACCCAGCGACGUGUUAUUUUCAUUUUGUUUCUUUGCCCUACAUGAGAAUGUUUACAUCUGGGUUAGGAAAUGCUAGGGCGACAGGUGGUCGUUCAUUCCUGCGACGGCAGAUGCGUUUGACAAGCGUUAUUUCCAGUCUCUUCGUUAUCUCUUUUCCAAGGUAAGUUCUGUCGGCAUCCGUCUGAACGAAGCAGUGACGUGUGCACCUGUCGUCGGAGUCUGAAGUGGCCGGCGCCGGCAGGGGGACGGAAACAGGGGGGAACAGACAAACGGCUGACUUGCCCAGCAAGUAACUUGGUAAUCUUGUGAGGUCCAUUAAUAUAAAUCAUAAUAAUAAACAAUAAAUAUUAGCGCCACCGUGACGUGAUUCUGCAAGGAAGGUCGUUGUUUUCAAGGGUGGAAAUUUGUCAGUCUCCUGGCGAGAUGGGGACGUGGGCAAUUUGCUUAGUGUCCUGUCGAUCCUUAAUUAUUGUCCGUUCGAUGGUAUCGGAGGUGGUCAGAUGUGGCACGUUUCCUUUUUAUUCAUUCCAAAAGCUUUUUGUUUUUAUUUUUUUUAUCCAAAUAAAAAAUAAAGUAAAGCAUUUUUA